UGUUGGCUCCCAAUUCGAAAACUUUAAAUUUCUUUUGAAAUAAUGAAAAGGAGAAAAAAAAUUGAAUUUUAAGAAUAAAAUAUAAAAGACAGUUUGCUUUGCAUGCUCAAACAAAACGGACACACCGCUUUAUUUGCAAUGUGUUCUCUGUUUGCAGAGGUGCCUCUCUGUGUCUGUCUGUAACAGAUCUCAACCCAUCACUCACUCACACCUCUCUCUCUCUCUCUCUCUCAGAUUCCCUCUCUUUCCUCACACUCUCUCUCAGUCUAUUUUUUUUUCUCACCACCCUCUUGCUUCUGAACUCUCGCUCUCAGAGAAAGGUGUUUGCUUUGAAAGGGAAAAGGCCUCGUGAAGUGCAUGUGAAGCUCGGUGAGAGAUCUGGGGGACUUAAUGACGGAAACGGUUCAUUGGCUUUUCUGAUUUCAGGUGAUUGGAGUGUUCCCCUUCAGCUUUACUUGCUUUUUCUCUUUCCCCUUCUCUUUUUGGAUGUUACUUCAUGUUCUUUCUAUCCCAGCCUUAUGUUAAUUGUCUCCCAUUUUUGUCAAAAGCGAGUCUCUUUAGGGUUUUAGAGCAAGCGGCAUGGUGUUUCGAUUGUUUCUGAGGUUUGUGAAGAUGGGUUCUUUUUAGUUUCAUCAGUACUGAGCUUUGCCCGUUGGACCUCAGUGGGAAGUUGGGUUUUUGCUUAUAGUUUCAUGCAUUGAACCUCAGCUCUGUUUUUGCAGUGGCUGUUGCUGCUUAUUAAGGGUUCUAUUUGGGUUUAUUGCUUUCAAGCUUGUUAUUUGAUGCUGGGGUGGAGUUACUGUUGGGUUAUUUUUUGUCUGUGAGUGAGAAACUAUGUACCCUGAAGGGUUUGUUGUGCGUGGAGGUGAUUUUGCUAGUUUGUGGCUUAAUCAUUGGAAAUAUUGUCAUUUAAUUUGAAAUCGAGUAUGUUCUUGCUGGAGAAUCCUUGAUUGCUUGAAUUUUGGCAUUGUCUCAAGCUUUGCCCAACAAUUGGUGGGAAUACCAGUGCUGGAUAUUGAGGAAAUUUUGUUGCUUUGAUGCUCCCAUCAUUCCGAAGAUUUGGGUGUCAUUAAGCAACCAUGCGAAACAUAUUUAUUUGUUUCCAUAAUUUAAAAGAGAGUCUGCUAUCGGACACGUUGACGGUUUGAUCAUGACCAGGGCUGUUCGCGAUAGGAUCCUCAAGGACGCAAAUGGUGAUAUUAGUGAUCAUCUGCGCAACCACAUUCAUUUGACAAAUUGCAUUCACUUGAAGAACCAUAUGCACAAGCAAAGCCCCAUAUUAGCUGACAGGUCACUUAUGAGGGACCUUGUUGUCCUUCAAAGGUCUCGAUCUCUCAGGGACCCUUCUGCCAGUCCUCCCUCAUGGCAUUCACCUUCCAUUGUUGAUAUGCUUUCCAAAAAAGGUGAAAAUGAUGCAUUGGUGCGUGAGGGGAGAAGGUCGGUAGGAAGUGAGUAUCGAAGGGAAGGCAGGAGGUUGUUGGCAAGUUCUCCACCUUUGGCAAGAUUAGCAACAUCAAAAGUUGCUCCACGUGAGGCUAAUGGGGUCAAUGAUGGGGUAGCCGGAAUCAGUGAACAUGGAAGCAAGAGUGGAGUUAGGGAUGGUAGGAAAGUUAGGAGAGAAGAUUCUAGUCAGAAGAGUAAUAGGAGUGAUAAUUUGGGUGGCAAUGAGGAGCCUCCACUCGACCAGAAUGGUAAUGAUAUGACUCAUGAUGUUCUUUCUGGGAAUUCAGAAUCCAAAAGUAGAAAAAGUAAAAAAAAAGGAAAGUACAUUCAAGGUGCUCGGAUGAAGACUCUCUCAGAGCAAUUGAAUGGUGUUAGGAUGGAUAGUGAUGACGUAACGUCCUCUAAUAUCCAUCAGCCUGCAAGACGUUCCCGACAGGAAAGAAUUGUUGAGGAACCGGAGGUCAGCAUUCGGGGAUAUUGCAGUGGACUAAGUAGAGUAAAAAGGCGCAAAUUUCGAGGUGCAAGAAGAAGCCGUGCUUCUGUAGCUUCUAGAGACUUUGGAGGUCAGAAUGAUCUAUCUGUGGCUUCUAAUACUUUAGCUCAAGGGUCAGCUCACCCAAAGUAUCACAUGGAACGGGGAGAGGAUGAGUAUGGCGAGCAAAAUGUCACAAGGGCGCCCAGAAAUGGGUGUGGGAUUCCAUGGAAUUGGUCAAGAAUCCAUCAUAGAGGUAAAACAUUCCUUGACAUUGCUGGAAGGAGCUUUUCUUGUGGUUUAUCUGAUUCAAGGUUUAAGAAGGAUGGUAUGGCUGCCCAUGCCAGAAAUAUUUCUGACAUGCCCGUGGCAUCUGAUAACUCAAGCACUUCUACGAAAUCUGAAGCACUGCCUUUACUAGUUGAAGCAUCUGGGUCACAGGAAAGCUCCGAAAACGCUGGUUGGAUACAUGACUAUUCUGGUGAACUUGGUAUUUAUGCUGAUAAUUUAUUCAAGCAUGAUAUUGGUUCUGACUUUGCUUCUGAAGCUAGAUCUGGUGAUCAACACAAAUUGAGGGGCCACCGCCGUCGUAGGCACCAAAACCUGACGCAAAAAUACAUGCCGAGAACCUUUAGAGAUCUCGUGGGACAGAAUUUAGUGGCGCAAGCUCUUUCAAAUGCUGUCAUGAAAAAGAAAGUUGGGUUGCUAUAUGUAUUCUAUGGUCCUCAUGGUACAGGGAAAACAUCCUGUGCUCGAAUAUUUGCUAGAGCUCUAAAUUGCCAGUCUUUGGAUCACCUCAAGCCUUGUGGCUUUUGCAAUUCUUGCCUUGCACACGAUGUGGGGAAGAGUAGAAAUAUAAAGGAAGUUGGGCCUGUUAGUAACUUUGACUUUGAGAGCAUUAUGGACCUACUUGACAAUAUGAUUAUGUCCCAGCUGCCAUCACAGUACAGAGUGUUCAUCUUUGAUGACUGUGAUACAUUGUCCCAUGAGUGCUGGAGUGCCAUAUCGAAGGUCAUUGAUCGAGCACCGAGACAUGUGGUUUUUGUCCUUGUCUGUUCAAGUCUUGAUGUUUUGCCUCACAUAAUCAUAUCCAGGUGUCAAAAGUUCUUUUUCCCUAAGCUAAAGGAUGCAGAUAUUAUCUACAGUUUGCAAUGGAUUGCAACCAAAGAAGAUCUAGAAAUUGACAAGGAUGCACUGAAACUUAUUUCAUCAAGAUCGGAUGGCUCAUUGCGGGAUGCUGAGAUGACUCUAGAACAAUUAAGUUUGCUUGGCCAGAGAAUCUCUGUUGCUCUUGUUCAGGAACUGGUUGGGCUUAUCUCUGAUGAGAAAUUGGUAGAUCUUCUUGAUUUAGCAUUAUCGGCAGACACAGUUAAUACUGUCAAGAAUUUGAGAAUGAUAAUGGAAACUGGUGUUGAGCCACUAGCCUUGAUGUCACAACUUGCAACAGUGAUUACAGACAUACUUGCUGGCAGCUAUGAUUAUAAAAAAGUAAGGCGUAGAAGGAAGUUCUUUCGGAACCAACCGUUAUCCAAAGAAGACAUGGAGAAAUUGCGUCAAGCUUUGAAAACUUUAUCUGAGGCUGAAAAACAAUUGAGGAUGUCAAAUGACAAGUUAACAUGGCUAACAGCUGCACUUCUCCAGCUUGCUCCUGAUCAACAGUAUAUGUUGCCUAGUUCGUCGGCUGGCACAAGCUUUAAUCACAGUCCCUUGGCCUUAAAUAAUGUGGGUGGAAGGGUUGUGGGCAGGAAAGAGAGUGAACAAGAUGAGAUGCCUAAUUAUGAAAAAGGCUUGUCAACCAAUGUUAGAAAUGCUGUAAGUUCUGGUUUCCAUGGCAAUGGUUCUGGGAAAGGCAUAAAUUCAGAUAGAAAACGUCAUGCUGGGGCUGGUAUGGCUCCUCAACAAGGGGCUUCAUGCUCUGCUGACAUAAUUAGGGCAAAUGGGAGGCAAAUGCUUGACAAAAGCCAUAAAGGAAUUGAAGAAAUUUGGUUGGAGGUGCUUGAGAAAAUACCAUAUAAUCGCAUAAAAGAAUUUUUAUACCAAGAAGGGAAGCUGACCUCAGUCAGUUUUGGUGCAGCCCCCACUGUGCAGUUGAUGUUCUCUUCUCAUAUGACUAAAUCUACAGCAGAGAGGUUUAGAUCACAGAUUUUACAGGCAUUUGAGAUUGUUCUAGGGUCUCCCUUGACCAUUGAAAUUAGAUGUGAAUCAAAAAAAGAUACUAAAGAAGGUGCCCAGAUGCCUCUUCUCAUACCAGUUUCAAAGGAUGGUUCAUCCCAGAUUAGAGAUGAAAAUGGGGCCAGCAUGGAUGCCCAGCUCCAGCGCGGUACCCAUGAAAUGGGGAAGAGUGAAAUUGUUGAAGUAGCUGCUUCUCCUAGGGAAAGCAAGGGUAGUGGUCACAUACAUAACCACAAAGAAUCUGGUAAAAGAGGUUUGGAUGGUGCCCAGAUGGGAGAAGUAUCACUUUCACAUAAGAAAUCACCCAUAGCUUCAAUUCCAGAAAAACAGAAAUUUGGGGAACAAAGUCAGAGUCAAAGCCUUGUCAGGAGCAAGGUGUCCCUUGCACAUGUGAUUCAGCAUUCAGAGUCACAACGUAGUGGCUGGUCACAACGGAAAGCAGUUUCUAUUGCUGAAAAGCUCGAACAAGAUAAUUUGAGACUGGAAUCUCGAUCAAGAAGCUUAAUUUGCUGGAAAGCAUCUAGAGUAACUCGUCGAAAGCUUUCAAGGUUGAAAAUAAGGACAAGGAAACCACAUGCAUUGCUGAAGCUUGUGUCCUGUGGAAAGUGUCUCUCUGCAAAAUCUCCAAGAUAAUUUGAUAAAGGUAGUUUUGGCUAGCUUUGAAGGUUUUGUACAACCUCAUCUGUAAUUCUUGUAUUUAGCCAAUUUCCUUAAGUUUAAAUUUACUAGGUCAAUUUAUCUGUCAAAUCCUUUUACAUUGAAUAAAAGAGUUAUAUUUGAUGAGAAGAUGUAGGGCAAACAUCAUUUAAAUC